GCAGAUCAGUUUUAGAUUCAGUAUUAUCAGUUUAUUUCCCUGCGAAGAGAUUUCCUAGUCUUUCUCUAAGGGAGAUCUAACCGUUCUUUCGGAAAGGAGAAAUCACGUGGAUACCUAAGGUCAAGGAUUAUCACCGCUAGGCUGGAAGAUCUGUAAGUUCUAUCUCAGAUCUGUUAUUAUUGUUAUAUUCGUUGUUUUGUCAUAAUCAGGGACGAUCUGUUUGGAAAAAUUUUAAACUUCCGCUGCUGUACUUUCGAGGUACGUUACAUCAAUUUCCUAACAGUGAUAUCAGAGAUUCUAAUGACAUUAUACGAAUUUAAUGUAUUUUGUGAUCAAAAUACAUAAUUGUAAAUUGUAAUAGUUCGGUAGUAUAUAUUUUGCCGUAAAUCAAUUUCGUAAUUGAAGUACGACUAUCUUAUGAAAGUUUUUAGAAAUAGAUAUCUGAAAUUAAAAACUUAUCCGCGAACAUUGUGUCGGGAGAAAACGUCGAUACCAACGCAAUGCUGGUGAUCACAAAAAACCAAUCGCAAAUUGUAUUUUUCUGAAAUUGGACUUUCGAAAUUAAGAAAUCUGGAGAAAUGCUGUCUUCGACGGAUGAUGUUAAUGCGGAGAAGAGCAGAAGACGAUUGUUGCAUAAGGCCUUCAAACAGAGAAGAAGAUUAUAUACUUUCAGCGUAUUACGUAUACUGAUUUGGAGGACUGGAGAACGGAUCGCAGCUCACGCCAUAUUUUAGAAAUUUUGAUUUUGAGUCGACUUUAGAAAUUUGACAAGCUGCUAGGGCCUUCUUGCAUAUUUGAAUUUCUAGUCCUAUACGUCUACAAGAAUGUCGUUCUUUUCUCCUUAAAGCAAGUUGGACUUUAAGUUGAUGAUGAAUUGAUGAUAUUCAUUCAUUAUCAGUUUAAUUAAUACGCAGUAGUUGAUUGCUGCAAGAGGUUUUCAUAAAGCCUAUCUUUUUGGAUUUAAGAGACUGUUUUUAAUGCAGAGUUAUUUUAAGUUGGAUUGCUUUGGAAGUCCUACUCAAUUAGGUAGAAUACUCCGUAUUUGCUAUCUACUUAGAUGAAUUAUCUUCGAGAUUUAGAAUGACUAAUUUUAACGAAUAAUAGGAGUUUUUUCCCGAAAUAAUGCUAAUUAAAUAAAUAAUUCCCAAAAUACUGCUGGGUUAAGAAUAAUUCCCAAAAUACUGCUGGGUUAACCACGGUUAAGGAAAGCCGCCACUCCAAGUGGCGGCUCUUGUAAAGCUUCACAAAAGACGCCACUCCAAGUGGCGGUUUUUGAACUGCUACUCAAAAGCCGCCACUCCAAGUGGCGGCUCAUUUAUUCGGAAAUUAAAACACUCCCCCUCGACGAACGAUUACAGAGAGCAACCCACCACCUCUCUGCAACAACCGACGAAGAAGAAGCUGCGCAACAGAGGUUACCAAUCCGGUCGGAACUCGUCCAAAAGCUACUCGAAUCGAAGGGAAAAGACUCCAUUCUGGAGUCUUUUGAUGUAGCUGCAGUUUAUAGCUGGGGUAGUGCGACUUUAGCAUACCUAUAUCGGCAGUUAUGUCGAGGUUGCCAUCGUGACGGUGGAGAGAUGGGUGGGUUUUUAUUGCUCAUACAACUAUGGUCAUGGGAGCACAUUCAUAUCGGCAGACCUGUCAUACUGCGAUAUCAUGGGGUAGAUGGUGGUCCUCUUGAUGAUGAUAUGGAUCAGCACGCUGUACUUGGGCCACAUCAUGUUCGUGGCGAGGAUCCUUUGGGUCGUAGAUGGCUAUUUGCUCAUGUCACGCGCACGUCAUCCGCUGUUGGAUUAGGAUACUACCGAGAUGCUUUAGAUCGCUUGUGUGAUGAUCAGAUGACGUGGAUGCCGUACACUGAUGAGAUUCUAGGGUUGUUGCCUCCUGUUGCCCGAGAGCACACUGAGAUAUGGCGAGCACGUGUGCCCUUGAUAUGUUUUGAUGUAGUGGAGCAUCACUUUCCUGAUCGCGUACUACGCCAGUUCGGGUUGCAGCAGGUUACUCCCGGACCUUGUGAUACAUCUGUGGAUUUGCACAAGAUUGAUAGACGGGGGAAGCACACUGAAGAUUGGGGGAUGCGCCAUAUUCAGUAUAUCACUAUGUGGGAUGAGAGAGCGGCGUAUAUAGUGGACGAGAUCCCAUCAUUAGUCCCCACAGCUUCUGUAAACUACAUGAGAUGGUAUUACACCAUCACACGGGUGUUUAUCUCUCCCAGUUUUUGGUUUGCCCACUGAUCAUUAUCAGCCUAGCUCAGUCGCUCUUCAUAUGACGACACGGGCUUUGCGUAGCAUCCAUGACAGAGCGACUGCUAUACUUGAUGAGGCGGUAGAUGUACAGGGAUACCAUGACGCUUGUUCAGGCAUUGUUUCACUGUGCGCUGAUGUAUUGGGUCAAGUGGAUUAUGGAUAUAUGGCCACCUCUCAGCAUUCCACCGCAUCUACAUCCGCAGCAGGGUCUUCUCAGGCAGUCCGACGUGAUAGAGUUGUUCUUCAGCCUCGUAACCAACGCAGGCGUCCCCGAGCACAGCCACAUGAACUUCAUGAUGAUGAUGAUGAUCACGUUGACUUAUGAUCUUUGUAUUUAAAUUAUUGUGUGAAAGUUGUAGCAUGCACUGGCAGAUCGAAUCAUUUUGUGAAACACCAGAUUUAUUAUAACUUUUAUGGUUUAUACUCAAUUUUGU